UGCACGUGUCUCCUUGCACAGAUUGAGUACUUUCUGCGUAAACUGACUGAGGCGAUGGGGGGCAGUUGGGUGGAGGAGCGUUUUGAGGACUACAAGCUGCAGCUGAACUCGAAGCAGCAGAGUCUGAAUGCCUGGGAGCUCAUCCGCCUGGUGGGCUCGGGCCACUUCAGUAAGGGCAUGGACCGCCAGACGCUCUCCAUGGGCAUCAACGAGGUCUACCAGGAGCUCAUCAUGGAUGUGCUCAAACAGGGCUACAUGAUGAAGAAAGGUCACAAGAGGAAGAACUGGACGGAGCGCUGGUUCAUGCUGAAGCCAAACUCCAUCUCCUACUAUGUCGGCGAGGACCUGGCAGAAAAGAAAGGAGAUAUCUUACUGGAUGGAAACUGCAGUGUGGAGCCUCUACAAGAUAAAGAAGGAAAGAAGUGUCUCUUCCUCAUCAAGUCGUCACAUAAAAGCUUUGAAAUCAGUGCGUCGGACAAGAAGAAGAAGCAGGAGUGGAUCCAGG